CAGUAAAUGGGCAAUUGAAAUUGAAAAAGUACAGGCAUUAAUAGUUGACCUUUGCGCUGGAAAGUUUCAAAACCAAUUGAAAUUAAUUUCAAACAAUUAUAAUUUUAUUAAAAAAAAAGUAUUAAAGAAAAUUUAAAAAAAGUGGAAAGAAACGACAAAUUUUUUGAAGGAUAAAACAGCCAAAUAAAUGUAAAUACUUAUAAAACAAAAAUAAUUUGUACUGUCUUUUUGAUAAGAUUACAUAAAAUUCAAAUCGAAUUUAGUAUUAACAAAAUGCCUCAGCAAAGUAAUGAAGCCCUCCGCCUGUGCGCCUGCGCUUGCGCAUUGCCAACGACCGCACCCACCACAUCCGUCACAGCUAACGCGACUAUCACAGCUGUAGCAAUAAGACAAAUGCACUUCUUGCCAAAUGCAGCGAUAUGCAGAACGCUUUUAAUGCAAAUUGCAAUUAUCUGCCUGCUCUCAACUGUAACUUGUGAUUCAACACCCGCAACUUCGCCCGCAUUUGAUUCAGAGUCAGCGCCAAUGCCUGCCUACUCACCACCGUUUGCCGCCCUGAGUACGAAUGGCGAUGAGCAGGCCUUCAUAACGUCUUAUAGACGCCUCAAGCGCACGCCCAACCUAGUUGCUGAUAAAAGCCAUGUUGCGGCGUCUACAGACACCGAUGACGACUACUACGACGAGGAAGAGGAGGAGGAAGUGCGAGCCGGAAAUGGGAACGAAAAUGUCAGUGUACGUCAACGCCGUCAUCAGCAGUUGGCAUUGCCAUCGUCUCGCUUUGGUUAUGAUGGCACCACAAUUAAGCCGCAACAGUUCUAUGCGCCACAGAAAGCGCUCUUUAACGAAAUUGGUGGCCAUGAUAGCAGGUCAUUGAAUUCAUCGAUAGCGGCGCGUAUCAAUAAUGAUUUAUCGGUUUGGAGUUUACGGGAAGAUGAUAAACGUACGGAUUUAUGUGAUGUAUGCAAUUGUAGCGGUGAUCCUUUUGUUGAAAUCAGUUGUGAUUAUAAUCAACGAAAUGCGAGGUUGAGUGACAUUUUCGGAACGAAUUACCGCGUACCACAUACGGCUAAAUCAAUUACAAUUACAUUAGCGCCAAAUACACAUUUCCGCUUGGAAAGGGAUUUAUUCGUGAAUAAUUCACGCAUGAAUAGAUUCACUAUUUUUGGUUCACAUCGAGAUGGCGAACAAGUGGAAAUCACAACAGGCGCUUUUCCAGGUGGUGAUGGCAUCAUUGGACCCUAUCCAGAAAUUUUGAUGCAGGAUGUGUUUUCGGUGGUGGUGCGAGAGCGAGCAUUUUUAGGCAAUAAAAAAUUCACUGUACGCAAUAGCAACGACUUGAUUUUAUACUCGAAUGCUUUCAAGAGAGCCGAAAUCAACGGACGAUUUGUGGGUGUAGCCGAUUUGCGUAUAGAGGAGAAAGCUUUUAAUUCAGCAAAUGCAACGCUACACAUCGAGAAUUCGCACAUCGACAACAUCUACCGCUUUGAAGCAUCCCUGCGUGAGAUUAAGUUCAGCAAUUGCAGCAUUGGCACCAUCAAUAGCGGCUCCUUCGAUGUCAAUACUAUAAAUUUUAUUGCUUUCGUAAAUAGUCGCAUCGAUGUUAUUAAAUCGCGGGCUAUUACCGAAAAGUUGUUUAGCAUGCAUUUGUCCAUCACUGAAAGCGUUAUCGGCUACAUCGAAGGCGAGGCCAUACAUGGCAGCGGCAUAAACGAGCUGAUUUUUCGAAAUAACCAAAUCGAUACCAUUCACGAAAACGCCAUACAUGUAAACGCCAUCAAUGCAACCAUUACCGCCAAUCGUAUCAAACAUCUCGGCCAGAAUUGGUUACGCGUCAAGGAGUGGUCUAAUAUUGUAAUUGAGAAAAAUAUUUUCGGUGACUUCGGUGGCAUUAUACUGGAGGAAACAAAGAAACCCGGCAUUUGCCGUUUCGAAAAUAACUCGCUCACAAAACUCAAGCCGGGUGGUUUGAAUAUAACAAAUCGUCAUUGUAUAAUGCGUGAGAUCUCCGUCAAUUCACCAUGUCGCUGCAAUCGAGAUUGGCUGGCCAAUCUGUCCGACCGCGAUUUGCGCUCCGAAAUCUACUGUACAAUCGAUACGAAAUUGGGUGCUUGUUUCAAUGCCACCUCCUUUAAUAUGCUAAAGUACGAGAAUGAAGUGUGUGAUGAGACGAAGACAACUGUUGAUUGUGGCGCUAAUCGCAACCUCAAGAAGGUGGACGGCAAAUUCUUUACACUCGAAGAGCUCGAGCGCCAAGAUUCGCAACUGCUGAUAUAUAUCUACCUCAGUGCAGCCAUAAUUUUGGCUGUCGUCGUUGUCAUUAUACUAGUGCUGGUGUUGCGAUGCCUGUGUCGUCAGAAAAAUGGCAGCGGUGGUGGCAUGAUGUCCUCCAAUCAUCAUCGCCAUGAGUUUACACAAAACGAACGACACAUCAUUGAACGCGCCCUACAACUCAUACAGAAGCGAUAUCCACACAUUCACGCACGCGUAGAACGUUUAUGCCAAGAGCUGCUGCAAACCAAUCGUACAGAGAAGCAAUGCAUACGAACUGUUACGAAAAUCGAGAAUUUAUUGAGUAAAAUUGAACGCUCGGAAGAUCUGAAUGCCUUCUGCAGCGUACUGGCACAGCACCUGCAACCGCAAACGCAAUCGCUUCAACAUACGCUGGAAGCAGUCUACAGCACGGGCAGCUUCGAGCAAGUGCAACGCGAGAAUUACGAUGGACCACUCUAUGCGGUGGGCUGUAUAGAUACAUCACACACUGUUGUCAGCAUGGAGGCGGCGAGGAUUGAAAGAGAGCGCGAGCGUGAACGCGAACGAGAAAUAGAACGAGAGCGAGAACGCGUAAAUAACGCAUUGAAUGGUCGCAAUGACGACGCGACAAAUGUGCCCAAUGAACCAUUCUACGAAGAGCUGGGUCAACCAUUGCUGCCUGAUUACGCAUCACCUGCGGAUCGCCGAGAAUAUGCUUCACCGCUUGAUCAUACGACGGGUCUAGGCACCGAAUUGGAAUAUGCCGAACCUAUUAAUAAUCGAGCCGACUACGCUCAACGCUUGCCACCUUAUGCGCCACCACAUCCACCACCAACAAAACCGUCCAUGAUUAUGCCUACCGCAGCGCCACGCGCACAUCUUCCGCCCACUAAUAAUAAAAAUAAUAAUAAUAAUAAUAACAACAACAGCCAACAUCCAUUUUACCUUGCACAUAAAGCAAGUCCGACAUUCGCGUCCAGCAUUGUUGGCGUUAAUAGACCAGCACUGCCGCCAUCAAAUGUCAAACGCAUGGCGCAUGAACUACAAAAUAUGCCAAAUUUUCACCUGCCUAAUGCUGCGCAGCGUACACUUAAUAAACAUUUGGUCGCACCGCCAGUCUACACAGCGCCCGAUGUUAGUCACAAGCGACCAAUGCCUACACCUGCGUCCACUUUUGCACGCCUAGCGACACCCGAAGUGGAUGAGAGUGAAUUUGAUAUGCGCGGCGCUGUUGCAUUGCCACCCGAUACGGGUUCAGAUCAUUCGGGUGGUAGUAAUGAGACUGUGAAGAUCGAUGAUGUUAUAUUGUAUGCCGAUGCAUGAGGAAUGCGGAAUGCGGAAUGAGGGGGUGAAUGAGUUGGAUGGGAAUGAAAUGAAAAGAAAAUGUAUAACUAUCAUCCAUGUAUACGAGUUGGCAUCCGAAAAGUAUGCUUGUGUCGAUUUACAAAGGUGUUUCCUUAGCAUACUUUCUAGCUUACUAAUUAAUUCCUUGCAGUCAGGCAAAGCUGUCUAAAUCUGUUGUGAAAAUGCCGUAUGCUUUUUGUUGAAUGUUUUAAUUGAAUGAAUCAAUUUUCUGUAGUCACAUAGUAUUAAGAUUACUAGUUUAAGAAAAGUAUGUAAGUGAAUGUAUGGGUAUAUGUGUGUGUACGACUUUAUAGAUUAACGGCGCUAUUCCCUCGCCAAUGACUCAUCGCAUGACAAUUAUUUUGACUAUUGCGCCUAAACUUAGGCGCCGAAUAUACAAAUUUGAGAAAUUCUCGAAUUCUUUCAAAGCCCUCGCACGAUGCGCGAAUUGCUAAGCUUUGCAAAACUUCGAGAAUCCCCCUAUUUGACAAUUGUUAUUGAGAGCGCUUCGAAUACAGUUUUUGCGACAUAGUUUUAGGCGCAGUAAUUAAAGCAAUAGUCAUGCGAUGAGUUUUGUCAUUGGCGUGUGUAUGGGGCUGAGAGAAUCUAAUCCAAUGCAGAAUAGAUAAGUUCAUGUUUUCAAAACGAAUUUGAAAGAGAUUUAUAAUUCAAACCAAAAAACAUAUUUUUCAGAAUCCUAAAAUAAUGGUUAGAUAUACAUAUGUAAUAUUUUUAUAUAAUAAAAUGACUUCAUAUUGUA